AUGGCCAACAAAAGACUCGCUUACUUACAUGAACUAUGGAGUGAGAAGUCACAGAAGCAGCCGACAUCGCAGAAGCAACCAGCAAUGGACGACAAGAGCGAUUCAUUAAGGAGCCCUUCAAGGACAGAAAAAGGAGUGAUCGAUCCCAGAAAAUAUCGUGCGGUACUAUCUCGUGCGAUUGCUAUGCUGGACAAAAUAUCGUUGUCAACUACGUUGCUCAACGAUUCCAAAACGGAGUCGGCUCGUCUCGCCAAAGAUCUGCGCCAAUUCGUCACGAGCCUUCAAGCUGCAGAGAAGAACCUUACAAAGACUAGCGACGCCAGCAAUUCAUUUCUGUCAACAUCACAGGCCACCAGUACAAUAACGACUACUGCUCCGAGUGUGUCUUCGGCUGAAGCAGCCUACUGGGAGUGUGGACGCUUCUUCCACUAA